UGUCUCCCAGCGCCAGUGGGAAAGGAGAAGCUGCCAUUCGCCCAGGAUUGACCUCCAGGCCAGUGUUCACUUUCAGAGAAGACGCUCUCCGGGUCCCAGAGACGAUGGGGAGCACCCUAGGGAGUCGGGCUACUUUGGCUCUGUGGCGGCGUCUCCUGGCGGAGCCCAGAAAUCCUCAUCUCAGACGACUUUCUCCUUUUCAUUCCACAACACACAAGACCGAUUUUUCCAAGAUGAAGGAAUCGACUUCCUUUGUGGCAAACAUUUUCAAGGGGAAAAUGGUCGUGGACAACGUGUUCCCCUUCCCCUCAGUUCUCAGUGAGGAACAGACCUUGUUCCUGAAGGAGCUGUAUGAGCCCUGCUGCCGCUUCUUUGAGGAAGUUAAUGACGCGACGUGGAAUGACGACAAUGAAAAAAUCCAGUCGAAAACGUUCCAAGGGCUCAAGGAGCUGAAAACUUUUGGGUUACAGGUGCCAGAAAAGCUAGGGGGCAGCGGCCUGACCAACACCCAGUUUGCUCGGAUGGUGGAGAUUCUGGGCUGGCACGACCUCGCCGUGGGCGUCACCCUCGGGGCCCAUCAGUCCAGCGGCUUUAAGGGGAUCCUGCUGUUUGGAGACAAGCGUCAGAAAGAGAAAUACCUGCCCGACCUGGCCUCUGGAAAAUCUCUGGCCGCGUUCUGCUUGACGGAGCCAAGCUGCGGCUCUGACGUCGCCUCCAUCCAGACCAUGGCCGAGGCCAGCCAGUGUGGGAAAUUCUAUGUUCUGAAUGGCCGAAAAGCGUGGAUCAGCAAUGGCGGGAUAGCAGAUGUCUUUACGGUAUUCGCCAAGACAAAAGUGAAGGAUGUGACCACGGGAGAAGUGCAUGGGAAAAUUUCAGCCUUCAUUGUAGAAAAAGAAUUUGAGGGUGUGACCAGUGGUCCACCAGAGAAAAAGAUGGGUAUCAAAGCCUCCAACACCACGGCGGUCCACUUCAAAAACGUGAGAGUGCCUGCUGAAAAUGUGCUGGGGGGCUUUGGGAAUGGCUUCAAGGUCGCCAUGAACAUUCUGAACAAUGGCCGCUUCGGAACGGUCUCUGCCCUGGCCGGCACCAUGCGCAGGGUGAUCAUCAAAGCGGCGGAUUACGCUGCAAACCGGAAGCAGUUCGGGAACCACAUCUGCAACUAUGGGAUCAUCCAGGAGAAGCUGGCCCGCAUGGCCAUGCGCCACUACGUCACCGAGUCAAUGGCCUACAUGAUCAGCGGGAACAUGGACAUGGACGUCUCCGAGUUCCAUCUGGAAGCGGCCAUCAGCAAGAUUUUUGCUUCUGAGGCUGCCUGGGAAGUGACUGAUGAAUGCAUUCAGAUCCUCGGAGGAAUCGGCUACAUGAAGAAAGCCGGAUUAGAGCGGAUCAUGAGGGAUCUGCGGAUCUUCCGUAUUCUUGAGGGUACCAAUGACAUCCUCCGGAUCUUCGUAGCUUUGGCAGGCCUGCAGCACGCAGGGGCCCAACUGCAGGAGCUUCAGCACACCUUGGAAGACCCGUUGAACAACACUGCCAUCCUUUUCACUGAACUUGGCCUCAGAGCAAAGCGCAUCAUAGGGAUACCAACGGGCAUUUCUCUGGACGACGUGGUCAGUGGGCACCUGGUAGACACCGCGAGCCUGGUGACAAAAUGUGUGGACCUGCUCUCCGAGGUUGUGGAACACCUGCUUUUAAAAUUUGGCACCGAUAUCAUCCACCAGCAGUUUCACCUGAAGAGAAUAGCGGACACCGCCAUCGACAUCUACUCCAUGGGAGUCGUGCUUUCCAGGGCAACCCAUUCAUUGAACCACAACCUCCCUUCGGCCAUCCACGAGAAGCUGCUGUGUGAGACCUGGUGCUAUACGGCCUUCGAACGUGUUCGAUGGAAUCUUAAGGCAGUGAAAGCCUCAAGUUGGAACAACUACUACAAGAACAUGAGGUCUAUCUCGAAUGAAGUUGUGAGAAAUGGAGGAGUCGUAUAUUCUCGCCCUAUGGGCUUCUGAAAAAAGGGUUCAUCUCCUGGAAAGCAUCAGGAGAGCCUGGCCCUCACCCCCAAAGAGUGGUUUAUUUAUAGAGAAACUAGAAAAAUAAUAAAAUUAUAGUUUCUUACUUAA